CCAACUUUAUUGAUUUCGCGGAGACAGAGGCUGAAGGCAGAAUCAGCGGUGCACCAUGGGAGUUGUAUCCCGGGGUGAUAUUUCAUAUGCUCGAGGACCUCCCAUGCAUCGUAUGCCCUAUGUCACCUCUCCAUACGACCGUCCAGCCUGGAACCCAAGAUACUGUGUCCUCUCUGGAAAUCAGCUUCUUAUGCUUGAUGAGGAGGAGGUUCACCCGCUGUUGAUACGUGAGAGGAGAACUGAUCCGACCAGAACAAAGUUCCUAAGGCGCACAGUCAGUGUCCCCGUGGAGGGGAAGCAGCCUGACGAACAAGAUUAUCAACUUGCACGUUCCCGGAGGAAAAGCGUCCCAGGGGGGAGACAGCCCAGUAUGGACGCCCCUCCCGCUGCACCCUUUCGACCGACGCAGGGAUUCCUGAGCCGUCGUUUGAAGAGCUCUAUAAAGAGGACAAAGAGUCAGCCCAAAUUAGACAGGACCAGCAGUUUCCGGCAAAUCUUGCCAAGGUUUAGAAGCGCUGAUCACGAUAGGGCACGUCUCAUGCAGGCCUUUAAGGAGUCACACUCUCACGAGUCCUUGCUUAGUCCUAGCAGUGCUGCAGAGGCUUUGGAUCUGAACUUGGAUGAGGAUUCUGUGGUAAAGCCUGUACACAGCAGCAUCUUGGGACAGGAGUUCUGCUUUGAGGUGACCACAUCAUCAGGUACCAAAUGUUUUGCCUGCCGUUCUGCCGCUGAAAGAGACAAAUGGAUUGAGAAUCUUCAAAGAGCUGUAAAGCCCAAUAAGGAUAACAGUCGGCGGGUAGAUAAUGUGUUAAAGUUGUGGAUUAUUGAAGGCCGUGAUCUUCCCCCCAAGAAGCGCUAUUAUUGUGAGCUCUGUUUGGAUGAUAUUUUGUAUGCCCGUACCACCACCAAGCCUCGGAGUGAGACUGUCUUUUGGGGGGAACACUUUGAAUUUAACAACCUUCCAGCUGUUCGGAACCUGCGCUUGCACCUCUACAAAGACACAGACAAGAAAAGGCGCAAGGAAAAGAGUAACUAUGUGGGCAUGGUGAAUGUGCCUAUUGCCAGCAUCAGUGGGCGCCACUUUGUGGAGCAGUGGUACCCAGUUUCUCAGCCCACAUCCUAUAAGGGGAAGAGCAGCUGUCCCUCCAUACGCCUAAAAUCCCGAUACCAAACCAUGAGCAUCCUCCCCAUGGAGCUGUACAAGGAGUUUGCAGAGUAUGUCACCAACAACUACCGAAUGCUGUGCGCUGUACUGGAGCCUGUGCUAAGUGUGAAGAGCAAAGAGGAGGUUGCGUGUGCUUUAGUGCAUAUACUGCAAAGCACAGGCAAAGCUAAGGACUUCCUUUCAGACAUGGCUAUGACCGAGGUUGAUCGCUUCCUUGACAGAGAGCACCUUAUUCUCCGUGAGAACACACUUGCAACUAAAGCCAUAGAGGAGUAUCUGAAACUGAUAGGACAGAGAUACCUCAAGGAUGCCAUUGGUGAGUUUAUUCGGGCACUGUAUGAGUCUGAGGAGGACUGUGAGGUUGAUCCCAUGCGUUGUCCACCCUCUGCAUUGCCCGAUCACCAGGCCAAUCUCAGGAUGUGCUGUGAACUCGCCCUUUGCAAAGUUUUUAACUCUCAAUGUAUGUUUCCUCGGGAGUUGAAAGAAGUCUUUGCAUCUUGGAGGAUGCGCUGUGCAGAGCGCGGCCGGGAAGAUAUAGCAGACCGACUCAUCAGUGCCUCUCUCUUCCUCCGAUUCAUGUGUCCGGCCAUUAUGUCCCCUAGUCUCUUCAGCCUAAUGCAGGAAUACCCCGAUGAUCAAACAUCUAGGACCCUUACGCUCAUCGCUAAAGUCAUCCAGAACCUGGCCAACUUCAACUACAACAGGUUCAGCAGUAAAGAAGAAUAUAUGUCCUUUAUGAAUGAGUUCCUAGAGACGGAGUUGGCGAAUAUGCAGAAUUUCCUGUAUGAGAUCUCAAACCUGGAUUCGCUCACCAACAGCAGUAACUUUGAGGGCUACAUUGACCUUGGGCGGGAGCUGAGCACACUUCAUGCCCUGCUUUGGGAGGUGAUCCCCCAACUUAGUAAGGAUGCACUUAUAAAGUUGGGACCCCUUCCACGCCUCCUUAAUGACAUCAGCCUAGCUCUCAGGAACCCCCACAUCCAGCGACAACCAAGCCACCAAGAACGACUGCCACCCCCAAAACCUGUUGUCCUGAGGGGACCUUCAGCUGAGCUGCAGAGCUACUUGGUGCGAGACCUCAACAGCUCUAUUGACAUGACUCGCCUACCCUCACCAACUAAGGAUAAACCAUCAAAAGAUAUGUUUUUUGUUUCACGUCGCCCUCUUACUCGCUCCUCACCAGCCUACUGCACCAGCAGCUCAGACAUCACAGAACCAGAUCAGAAGAUGCUGAGCGUGAACAAGAGUGUGUCCAUGAUGGACUUGCAGGACAGUCGAAUGAAUAGUGUAACCAACUUACAGGCUGUAGGUGACCUGCUGAACUCCAGCCAGGCUUCCAUAUCAGGGGGCCUACGUCCGGGGGGCCGGCUCUCCCAGGGCAGUGGAUCCAGCAUUGCAGCAGGUCUAAGGCUCAGUCAGAUGGGGGUCACUACUGAUGGGCUUUCAGCUCAACAGCUACGCAUUCCCUUGUCCUUCCAGAACCCGCUCUUCCACAUGGCUCCCGAUGGGCCUGGUGGGCCCCCAUCUCAUCCUGCUCCUCACCGACCAGACCCUGGAGCAGAUGCCUUUGCCCCUUUCCAUGGGUAUAGCAAGAGUGAGGACUUGAGCUCCGGGAAGCAUUUGCUUCACAGUCACAGCUACAGCGACGAAUUCAGCCGCCAGGGGUCAGAGUUCAGUAAAAGGCAGUUAUCCCUCCAGGACAAUCUCCAGCACAUGCUGUCACCCCCUCAAAUUACCAUUGGCCCUGGAGUGCCACGAAGGCAAGACUCACAGCCUCCCCCUUUGCAAAGGGGAAAAUCCCAACAACUGACAGUGCAGGCAGCCCAUAAACCUCGGCCCAGCAGUGGGAACCUCCUGCAGAGUCCAGAACCAAUGUAUGGGGCAGCACGAAUUAGGCAGCAGUCAGUUGAAAAGGAUGCAGGUGGCUUGAAACCCUCAAUAACCAAGCAGCACUCCCAUGCACAGGCCACCCUGAACCCUGUCACUCCAGCCUCAGAACGCACAGUUGCCUGGGUAUCCAACAUGCCCCACCUUUCAGCUGAUAUUGAGAGCGCGCACAUAGAACGGGAGGAGUAUAAAUUGAAGGAAUACUCUAAAUCAAUGGAUGAAAGUCGUCUUGAAAGGGUGAAAGAGUAUGAGGAAGAGAUUUACUCCUUAAAAGAAAGGCUGUUGAUGUCAAACCGGAAGCUGGAGGAAUACGAGAGGCGUCUUUUUUCACAGGAAGAACAAACUAAUAAGAUGCUGCAGCAAUAUCAGUCACGCCUAGAUCAGAGUGAAAAACGUUUGCGACAGCAGCAGCAUGAGAAGGACACGCAGAUAAAGAGCAUCUUAAACAGGUUGAUGCUGGUGGAGGAGGAGAUCAGGAAGGAUCACUCACACGAACCGAUGAAUAUGAAGAGGAGACUUAUCGAGGCUCAGGUGGAAAUUACAAUGUCAUUGUCUGAACAGUUGAAAAAUCAGCGAUGUUUUGGUCGAAGAAGAUGUCUUUAUAAACAGAGUGCCAAAAAAAUAAAAUGGCCAAAGUGGAAGCGUAUUCAAACGAAUCAUUUUACUUGAAGAUGACUAUUUCUUCAACUUCACUGCUUAAUAUAAAGACUCUGGGGUUCUACAUACACUUAAUGGCUAAAAUUAUCCAAAACCUCUAUUACUUGAAUUGUCUAUUUAAGCCAUAACUAUUGCUGACACAAGUGUAUAAUUAAGCACACAGCCAUGUAAUCUCCAGCAACAAACACGGGUAGUAGAAUAGGUCAUAGUGAAGAGCACAGUCUAUGUGUCGCCAUUAUAGAACACCACUUUUCCAGCAUCAGUACAUGAAAUUUCUGCCCUGCUAGAGCUGUCCUGGUCAAAUAUAAGAGAAGUGAUAAUGAAGAGAAAAUGCCUUGAAGCAACAGUUCAGUCGUAAAUCGGUAGGACACACAAAUAUACAGGAAUGGUCUACAAACUUCAUGAAGUCCAUACAGCUGUCUACAAGCCUAAUGUUACCAAGUGCAAUAGCAAGUGUCAAAUGGUGUAAAGGUUACUGUCUAGGACACUUUAGCACUGAUGAAGCACGUUUCACCAUCUGACAAUCUGAUGGACACUUCUGCAUAUGAUUGAAAACACCAGAAGAACACACUACCUGAAUGAAAACAUAACUGUAAGGUUUGGUGGAUGAGGCAUGCAUAAAGCAGAGUGCAAUGUAUUGGUGAAGGAUAGAUAAUGGUCUAGGAAUAUUUUCAUGGUUCAGUCUAGCUACAUGUUGGAAGCAGUUUGUGGAAGGCAAAUGUCACAGAAGUGUCCCCUGCACAAAGUAAGGUCUGUACAGAACUUGUCUGCUGAGAUGUGAACAACUUCACUGGCCUGCACUUAGCCCUGACCUUUACCAUAGGUGUGUUUUUUUCUUGAGGUUUGGGCAGUUACUUAACACUUUGGCCAAAAUUCUCAAUCAUGAUUUUAUCUCACAACAAAACAUUCCCCCAGGCCACUCACAUGUUCGUUGGCAAAUUUCAGAUGCACUUUUACAUAGUUAAUUUGAAUAAUGGCUUCUUUUGUGCCCCUCUUCCAUCCAAUCCGGUUUUAUGAAGAACUCUUGAUAUAAGUCAUAACUACAGUAAAGUAUGGUGGUAGUAGAAUCAUGAUGUUGGGUAUCAGCAAGGACCACUUGGCAUCUUGAUAAGAAAGAAAAACAGAUGGUCCAAAUUACAGUGAAAUAUUGCAAGAGAACUUGUCUCAGCCUGCUAAGAAAACUAAAGCUUGGUCUGACUUCCAACAAGACAGGAAUCCUAAACACAAGUCCAAAGUCCAACAGUAAAAUGUCAAAAAAUUAUAUAUAAACAUACUAACACAAUAAAAAGAUGAAUGUCACUGAAAAAGUCAAAUACCUGAUUGCAAUCCAAUUAAGAAACUGUUUAAAAUCUGAGGUUCAUGCACAUCUGGCUAACCUGAAAAUCCUAGAGGAAUUCUACCUGGAAGAAUAGGCCAAAACCCACCCUAAAUGUGUAAAAAUCUGGUAUAUACUUACCAAGACUGGUAUUGCUGCAAACCACUAGUUUAUACAGUAUUAUAGUGUGAGGAUUGAAUAUUUAUUUAAACAGGAUAAUUCUGCUUUUCAGACAUUUUUCUGAAGAUGUGUUCUAACAAAAGAAAAUGUUAAAUUAAAAAUGGAAAUUGAGGUUUUGGUGAUUUUAAAUAAAAAUAUUUCAGAGAACAACA